AUGUCGGACAUCCAGAAUAUCGCCAUCACCUCGACUCAGACGGUUCAGCAACCUAAGCCACAUACGACCUACACUAUCCAAAUCUCCACGCCAAUCCGGACAUGGACCGUAGCGCGGCGCUAUUCGGACUUUAUCGACCUCCAUGCCGAGCUGACAUCUUCGACGGGGAGAGAGCCACCCGGGACGUUACCAGGGAAGCACGUCUGGAGCUUGACACGAUCUGUCUACGAUGACAAGAUCAUCCGGGAACGCCGUGUACUCCUUGAGCAGUACCUCCGCUCCAUCCUUACUACCAAAGACACCCGCUGGCGCCAAGCAUACGGGUGGACCGACUUCCUCGCUGUCCCGCAAGUCCGCGCAUCUGGGUCUGGCCCUUCCUCUUCAUCCUCCUCCUUCGACCCUUCUUCCUCAUCGACCGUCGGCCCGUCUCCCGAGAUCUGGACGCCUCAGACCUGGCUCUCGGAACAGACCGCCCUCUCCUCCCUCAUCCGCUCGAUCCGGUCGGCGCUCCUCAAGCGGGAUGCUUUGGCGGGCAUGUCGGACGCAGUAGGCAGUCGACAGGCGGGCGUUGAGGCCAAGAGGCUCUUACGGGAUCUAGGACCCCGAGUGGAUCGACUGGAGAAGGAGCUGGGUGGACUGAAGGGCGGACUAGGGGAAGGCGAGAAACGGCGGAGAGAAGAGAUGGUUGAGAAUCUCCGGGCGGAACGAGGAAGCUUGACGAGGAUGGCAGAGGCGGGAGUCAGGGCAGGAGGGGGAGGAAGUGGAUUCUCCCGAGCCAGUGGUGGAGGGGGCGAUUCGGGCUCGCCAACGCCCGCGUCAUCGGCACUAUUUGGCUCGCAUGCCCACGCACCGGCCGCACCGGGAAGAGUGUUUGGGCAGAAGGCGCCGCCGCAGGAGACGGAGGAGACGCGGCCGCUGGACGAUGGGGGCGUGCUUCAGCUACAGCAGAGCAAGAUGGGCGAGCAGGAUCAGGCGCUUGGAGAGCUCAGUAAGCUGCUCCAGAGGCAGAGGAAGAUGGGGGAGGAGAUCUACCAGGAGAUUGGGGAGCAGAAUGAGAUGCUGGAUGAUCUGGAUACGUCGGUGGAUAAGACGGGAGGCAAGUUGGGCAAGGCAAAGAGGGAGAUGAAUAGGUUGAAGUAA